AUGGAUAACACGCGAGCGAUUCCGCAGUUUCGAUGUGAUGAGGUCGAAAGAAGCAGGCUACAUAAAGAAUGGGAAAUCUGGAAAAGAGCACUCGAAUGCUAUUUCGAGUCAGAGGAGAUAUUCGAGCAGAAGAAAAAGCGUUCAAAACUGCUUCAUUUCGGUGGACCACAGUUACAGGCUCUCUUCAAAACAUUACCGGACAGCGGGAAGUUUCCCUAUGUUACUCCAGAGAAACCAUUCUACGAUGUGGCAAUUCAAGCUUUCGAUCGAUACUUUCAACCAAUUCGACAAGACGUGCUAGAACGUCAUAAACUGAGACAGAUAAAACAGGGCCAAGCCGAAAGAUUUGCGGAGUUUGUGUUGAGAGUACGACAGCAAAUAGACGAAUGUGGACUUGAGAAGCAUCCAACGAAGUGUAGAAAGGUUGUUUUGGAUAUUAUGUUGAUUGAUGCCAUCGCUGAAGGUUGCCGAUCGGAUGAGCUACGCAAGCAAAUCCUACAGAAGGAUCGAUCAGUGGAGGAGAUCGAAGAGCUUGGCAGACUAUUGGAAAGCGUUGAACAGCAAGUUAAGGAUUUUUCAGCAAAGUCGAAUGAGGCCGUUAUGGGUGAACGGGCGUACCGAAUUCGUUCAUAUGGCACGACAAGAUAUCAGGUACCAAAGAGAAACUUUGCUCGGGAUUUUCGUUCAUCAGGGAAAAACGACGCAUUGACUUGCUUCAAAUGCGGUCUCACCGGCCACAUCUCUACUGAUGCGAAAUGUCCAGCAAGAGGUCGAACUUGUAAAUCAUGUAAAAAGAUCGGCCAUUUCGAAUCACAGUGCAGGCUUCGAAGAACAAAACUACCGGAAAAUUCGGGAAAGUUGUCUACAAAGAAAAUCCGACUUGUUGAAGAUGUGGUGGCGCUAAAAUGUGAUAAAGCCAUUGAUCAUAUCCAAGCGGAAACACCAAGUCAAGAGAAGAAAACAUAUUAUGCAUUCUAUGCAGGGUGUGACUCUAACAUGAUCAAGUGUUUACUGGGUGGUGUGGAACUCAACAUGCUGAUUGAUUCCGGGGCAGAAGCUAACUUAGUUUCAAAAAUAACCUGGGAAAAAUUGAAAUCGAUGAGCGUGAACGUUAAGCGAUCAGAAAAAGGAAGCCUGAGAAUCCUCAAAGGAUACGCAAAUGAUAAUCCUUUGACCAUAUUGGGAACCUUCGUGGCAGACAUCGCUAUAGGUGGUAAAGUUACCGAAGCCGAAUUUUUCGUGGUCGAUGGAGGUCAGCAUUGUCUUCUAGGAGACUAUACAGCUAAGAAGCUAGGCGUGCUAAAGAUCGGAAUGAACGUGGAUCAGGUAUUAUCGAAUCCAAAGCCACUUCCAUAUGAACCAUAUGAUAUCCAUAUGAACAGCGAAGCAAAACCCGUAUUUCAACCGGUUAGACGCCUGCCGGUUGCACUGGAGGCAGCAGUUCACAAGAAGAUUGACGAUCUGAUGGCUAGAGAUAUUGUGGAAGAAAAGGUAGGACCGACAACGUGGGUAUCGCCCCUCGUGGUAGUGGGAAAAUCCAAUGGUGAGCCAAGAAUUUGCCUGGACUUGCGCAGAGUAAAUGAAGCGGUUCAGCGAGAAAGACAUCCAAUGCCGCUUAUUGACGAUUUCCUCGCCCGCGUUGGUGAGAACAUGAUUAGAAGCAAGCUAGAUAUUAAGGAUUCAUUUCUGCAACUUGAGCUGGACGAGGAAUCCCGCAAUAUCAUGUCGUUCAUUACAAAUCGCGGAAUCUUGAGAUUCAAAAGAAUGCCAUUCGGGCUGGUCACAGCGCCCGAAGUUUUUCAGAAGACAAUGGACGCAAUUCUGGCGGGUUGCGAAGGAGCAUGGUGGUACAUAGACGACAUUUAUAUCGAGGGCCGAGAUAAGGAAGAACACGAUGAUCGGCUGGCAAAGGUAUGA